AUGAGGAGGCCGCCGUGCUGCGACAAGGCGAACGUGAAGAAGGGGCCGUGGACGCCGGAGGAGGACGCCAAGCUGCUGGCCUUCACCUCCACCCAUGGCACCGGCAACUGGACCACCGUCCCCCAGAGGGCAGGGCUGAAGAGAUGCGGCAAGAGCUGCAGGCUGAGGUACACCAACUACCUGCGGCCCAACUUGAAGCACGAGAACUUCACCCAGGAGGAGGAGGAGCUCAUCGUCACCCUCCAUGCCAUGCUCGGAAGCAGGUGGUCUCUGAUCGCGAACCAGCUGCCGGGGCGGACGGACAACGACGUGAAGAACUACUGGAACACGAAGCUGAGCAAGAAGCUGCGGCAGCGCGGCAUCGACCCCAUCACCCACCGCCCCAUCGCCGACCUCAUGCACAGCAUCGGCGCGCUCGCCAUCCGCCCGCCGCAGCCUCCUCCCAACGCUUCCUCCUACCUCCACGCGCCGAACCCGGCAGCGCCGGCGCUGCCGCUCGUCCACGACGCCGCGUUCCACGCGGCCGGCAUGCAGCCGCCACAGGUCGCCAUCGCGCGCGUCGACGCGGACGCGCCGUCUCCGGACCACGGCCAGCAGCUCAGGUGGAGCGACUUCCUCGCCGACGACGCCGCAGCCGAGGCGCAGCAGGUUCUUGUCCAGUACCACGAGGGCGCGGCUGCCACCGGCGGCGGCAGCGCACAGGCUGGGAGCAGUAGUACCGGUGGCGGUGGCCGCGUGUGCGGUGACAGUGUCAUUGGUGACGACGGCGGCGGCGACGACGACGGCGCGGCGGCGUUCAUCGACGCGAUCCUGGACUGCGACAAGGAGACCGGGGUGGACCAGCUCAUCGCCGAGCUGCUCGCCGACCCGGCCUACUACGCCGGCUCCUCCCCGUCUUCGUCGGAGAUGGGCUGGGGCUGCUGAUUAAUUCGCGGUUACAUAUAACUUGGACGGCUUAAUAUUUAACUUUAAUUAGUACACUGCAUGCUUCGAUACAAGUAUGAACUUUGGUAAUCCAUUCGAUCCUGCACCUGCAGAGCUCAUUCAUUUGUAUGAUUAUAUGCAUGCAUGCACUGAACUGCUUCAUGUAAUUUCCUUUUUCUUUUUCCUUUUACGAGACCAUGCUU